AUGUUUGAAAAUAUUGUGCUCAAGAAUUGUUUCAGACUUUCUGUUCAAGAUUACAAUCACCAAACUGCUUCAGCAACAGAGAUACGGCGAGCUUAUCGCAAGCUUUCUUUGCAACUUCACCCUGAUAAAAAUAAAGCGCCUGAUGCCGAAAAGAAAUUCCUUGAGAUGGUGUCAGUUUAUGAAGUUUUGAAAGAUCCUGAGAAAAGACAAAGGUACAACGAUGUUCUCAAGAAUGGACUUCCUGAUUGGAAACAACCUGUCUUUUACUAUCGGCGAGUUCGUAAAAUGGGUUUCCUUGAGCUUAGUGUUUUAAUGUUCCUGAUUCUGACUGUGGGCCAAUACCUAGUCAUCUGGUCAGUUUACUUAGAGCGGAAAUUUACUGUGGAAGAAAACUAUGCAAGCAAGUUGAAGAAAUCUGAGAAGAAAAGCCGGAAGAAAGCAGCAAUGUGUGAAAAUGAGAUUGAAGCUGAAUUUAAAGAGGAGUUGAAUGCCAUUAAUCGCCCCCAAUUAAUUGAUUUGUGGCCACUACGUCUGACUUGCUGGCUGUAUACAAAUACCCUCAAUAUUCCUCUCUACUACUGUCUACUUAGACAAUAUCUCAUAUCUUGGAGAGAGAGAUGUAAAGAAGUUGAAGUGGAAGAAGAAAACCCCCCUGUUCAAGAACCAGUAAAGAAAGUCAAAAAACGUCAAAGGAUUGAACUUCCAGAAUAUUCUGCUGAGACGUUUGCAUCUACAGCUGCUGUAGCAUAUACUCCUUCCAUUGACAUCACUCUUGAUUCAAAGCCUGAACAAAAAAUAAAGUCUGGUGUUGAAUGGAAUGAAGAAGAUUACGCUUUGCUGGCCAGAGCUAUUGCAAGAUACCCUGGAGGAACUACUGGUCGGUGGGAAAAAGUAGCUGAGAUGGUGGCUCGACCUGUUUCAGAGGUUAUAAGUAAAUCAAAAAGCAACAAGAAAAACAUUCUAGCAAAUUCUAUAUCAGGCUUACAAGAUAGUGUAAAUGUUAAACCAACAACAAAAUCGAACUUUGUUGAUGACAACAUUAUAUCUACUAAAAUGAAUUCAGAAGUAUUUUUAGAUACAAUGUAUGGUUCUCAAACACCCAUUGGAGAGAAAGGACUCUCAUCUAAUCAAAAGAAAAAAAGCAAUAUUAAAACUGUAGCACAAAAUAUUGGUUCAAUUGAAACAGUUGAGUCUGAAAAGGCCCAGACAAACAGUGUACCAUCAGAAUCUCUAUCAACUACUGAUAGAAGUAAUAGUAGCAGUCAUAGUUCCCAUAUCAAAAUAACUGAUGAAAUUUCAAGAGACAGUCAAGAUUUCUGGUCUCAGGCUAAUCAGAUGACUUUUGAAAAGAUGUUGCGGUUAUAUCCAAAAGGUACUGAGUUAAGAUGGGAAAAAAUUGCUGAAAAUAUCCCUUCAAAAUCUAAGGAGGACUGCAUUUUACGAUUCAAAUAUUUGGUAAGCAUGAUUAAAAAGAAGAAAGUUCAGCAAUGACGUAAGGCUACAGAGGGUUUCUAACUGACUAUUGAAAUUUACUGCUGGAUGCGUGAGAAUGCUUGACGAACAAGUGUUGUUUUCAAUAUAAAGUCUCCACACAUCAUUUAUAUUAAAAUACCAAAGAAUAUACCUCAUUUGUUGCUUCUUCAGAACUGGAAUAGCAUUAUGAAAAAAAUACUCUUUAUUUUGUUGCUAUUAAAUACUUUUGUUACUGGAAGUUACCAUUUAAUACACUGGAAAACAAAACUAGAUUCAUUUGGUGAUCAGAACUGUUAAUCAUUGUUACAUUAUGUCUUUCUUUCUAUAAAAAACACAGGUAUAUACUCACAUUUCAUAAAGUACAUUUCCAUAUGGUAUUGGUAUACUUCACUGGGCCUUGCAGAAUUAUUUCAGGUUAUUUCAUAUGUAAUACAUUUUUAUUUUAAAUAUAUGAAAUCUUUUACUAAAAAUGAUCACCAUGUAUGUCUAUUAGUGUUUUAUAUGUGUAUUUGUAUAUAUGUAAAUGUCUAUGUUUGUGGGUGUUUGUUUGAAUAUGCAAACAUAAACAUGCUUAUUUCUAUGUAUAUAAAAAUAUAAAAACAGUUAAAUGUAUAUAUCUAGAAUAGAGAGAAACAGAGAGUGUAUGUGUGUGUGUGUGUUGUUAACAGUUUUUUAGAGCAAGAUGUAUUUCUAUAUGUAGAUAUAUACAUACACACAGAUAUGGUGCUGCUUCUUGAUAACAUUUGGUCUUUGGUACUACUUUCAAAGAAGUUCUGAUUUUAAUAACUGCCUCAGACACAGAUUUCAAUCAAGAAUCUCUUUACUCUUAUUUCUAAUUUAUUUUUUUGCCAAAUAUAAAUGAUAUCAAAGACAAACAUAAUCAUUUGGUCAGUAUUUGUUUGUUCUUUUGUCACAGCCUGUUAUCUGCACUGUAAACAAUAUUUUUGUGGCAAAGAAACACCAAGAAUGGCUUGGAGAAUGUCUGUUGAAUAUUUCUAUGAUGGAAGGAAUUUAUUAUACUAACUAUCUCUUCCCAACUCAAAAAACUGUACAGUCAUGAUGAAGGACUACUAGUAAGAUCGAACAACAUUCCAACAUGUAGGACUUGUAGUUCAGUUGAAUACAUUCCAUGAGACAGGAUUUAUACUUUUGAUAUUUUAGUCAGUUACAAUGUUUUUUUGGUAAAAAAAAAAAAAAAAACAUAAUUCUAGUUGUUUUCUUUUAUACUUGUACAAAACUUCACCCAUCCCAAAUUUUCAGUGUUUAUAUCAGUUGCAGUUUAUUGUUGAAGUGUUAUAUAACUUACAUGUAUUAAAUGUUAAUUAUAAUU